UGCGGGAGUUGGCCGGACUGGUUGUUUCAUCGUCAUAGAUGCCAUGUUAGAAAGAAUAAAGCAUGAAAAAACUGUAGAUAUUUAUGGCCAUGUAACUUUAAUGAGAGCCCAGAGGAACUACAUGGUUCAAACAGAAGACCAAUACAUCUUUAUCCAUGAUGCACUGUUAGAAGCAGUGACUUGUGGAAAUACCGAAGUGCCAGCUAGAAACUUGUAUGCCUACAUUCAGAAGCUGACACAAAUAGAAACAGGAGAGAAUGUCACAGGAAUGGAGCUCGAAUUUAAGCGUCUAGCCAGCUCAAAAGCUCACACCUCAAGAUUUAUCAGUGCCAAUCUUCCAUGUAAUAAAUUCAAAAAUCGCCUUGUUAAUAUUAUGCCAUAUGAAUCCACAAGGGUAUGCCUGCAGCCUAUCCGUGGAGUAGAAGGAUCUGAUUACAUCAAUGCCAGUUUUAUUGAUGGCUACAGACAACAGAAAGCCUACAUCGCUACCCAGGGGCCCUUGGCAGAGACCACUGAAGACUUCUGGCGGAUGCUCUGGGAACACAAUUCCACCAUCGUUGUGAUGCUCACCAAGCUGCGUGAAAUGGGCAGA